AAAUACUACAAUAAACUGACACUCCAAGCUAUCUACAAAUUGAGGAAUAUAUCUGGCUAUGCUUUGUCCAAGAUUUUGUAUAAAUGUAAAUGAAAUUAUCUUUUGCCUAAAUGUCAAAUUUUUAUUUGAUCAUUCUGUCGCCCUAAGUUUGACUGAGUACUGGGUAUCUGAUAGUCGACGAUACUAUCGCGGUGUCUCUUGUUUUUGUUUAUGAUCAACAUUUGGACAGUUGAACGAAGUAAUUUGUCAAUGUCACGCAUUUCCAUUUUGCUGCUAUUGGGAGUUUUCCAGACUGUCUGGAAGUCAGUAGCGCCAUGUCCUGCCUCAAGAGCGUUCUGCAGCUGCUGCAAGUGCUGACAACGCUUUCGGGUUGCAACAUUUACAAAUACAUCGAAGGCAGGCGGGUAUUCAAAGUGAACCCGAAGAUUAAUUUGCUUGUGGGGGCGGUGCACAGAUUCUGGCUAAGGCCAUAUCUGCUGACGACCUUCCUGAUGCACCUCAUAUUCUGGCUGGCGGAGUUUCGCAAGGGACUGACGGAUCUAACGCCUGGGAGUGAGAGGUCACUUCAGCUCACUUACGAAAUAGGACUGACAGUCGCCAAAUAUCGAAAUGUUUUCAUCAGCACAGGAAUUGCCUAUCACUACAGGCAUCAUCAAAAGCUAAUGCGACGGGUUCUGAACGAAUUCAUAAGGAUCUAUUAUAGCUACGAGAGAAUUUGCGGUAAAGUGCCGAAAAUUAACUGGCUUCUAUUUGGCAUCCAAGCCUAUAGGGCAUUUGUCGCUUCGAUGGCGCCGAUUGUUGGAAACCAAAAAAUGGGUUUGGGCAUCAGCCCAAAUGUUGACAUAUUACUGGGACUGUCUGCAGUAAUCUUUGUGUGCAUUCAGCCCCUGCUAUUGUCACUGGUGGCCUACUUGGGCAUCAUGCUACUCUAUGCCUGCUACGACAUCCAAGUGCCUCACAAUCGAAGGAAAUCAUUCCAGCUCUUCGUCUUCUACAGACAGCUCAUCAGACUUCGCCACGCAUUCGACUGCUUGGUCAGGUCCUUUGUGUGGACGGCUUUAGCGCACAGCUUUUUCAUCUUCAUAGCCAACUUCCACUUGAUCCUGUACGAUCAGCAAUCAGCCAUAGAUUUUGGCGAGAGUCUGCUCAGCUCGUUCAUAUGUCCGGUAGCCCUGCUCCACAUAAAUGUGACCAUUAGCUCCAUCGAGAAAACAUUCGGUCAAUUUAGAGCGAGCUUUAAACCGCAGCGACAGACACAAAUGAUGUGGCUCUACAUGCACGUGAUGAGAGCGACUGUGGAUAAAAGUGGCUUUAAUGCCUUUCGCCUGGAUAGGGGACACAUUUUAGAAAUGCUAAGAUUGGGAUGGUCCUUCGCCAUGUUCACAAACGCCAUGUUGCUCAACAGCACCGCUAGGCUUAAGCAUUUCAAGACUGUGAACUAUAAAAAAUUGUUGUAAUCUACUAAGUUAAUUCUUAGCAAGCUAAAU